AUGUCACUAACUUCAGUCAAGUCUUUAAAUUCUCAUCUGUACGAAGCACCUGGCCAGUACCUCAUAUCCACUGAAACUUCCUGGUUCUUGGAAAUCAAAACCAAACAAGCAUGCCAGUGUUUCCCUUCAGACACCUUGAGCCAGUGUCUUUCUGAGGCAGCACACAGACUCAAUGAAGUCCCUGUGGAGCUGCCAGAAGGAGAGUCCAGCUCUGUGAGGCCAGGUGAUCUUACCUGCCGGCAGAUGAUAGCUGCAUUGUUCUCUCUGACUCCUCUGUUUGAAAAGUCCUCUGGAUUCAAUCGCGAAUGCCCCCGCUGCUUUGAUACAGUUGCCUGGAUACCAAGUCCACCUGGACUAGCAUAUGGUCCCAGCAUGCAGCUCUUCAUGUGA